AUGGUUGUUCCUGGUGGGUCACAUGGUUGUUCCUGGUUGGUCACAUGGUUGUGCCUGGUUGGUCACAUGGUGCCCUCCAUCACUCGGUCCGUGGUCCGGGACCGGAUUCUGUCGCUACGGCAACAGAGCCAGUUCUUAUGGGACGCCUACUUCUCGUCAGUCACAAAGAUUGUACUCACCACCAUCGAGAUUAUCCAGGACCGUGUGGAUUCUCAUAUUUCCAGAAAUCAUUUUCUGUGGAACUCUCUUCCUGGAGGUCUCUAUGCACUGCCCCAAUACUCCACGGACCCCUCGCAGUUCCCCUUCUACUACCACAGACUGGGUAAACGGCCCAUGCAGCAGUUCACUGCUGUGGUCCACAUGGUCUCUCCGCUGCUGGUCCAGGUCUCGCCUGUUCUCAAACUCAUCAUCGCUGUGUCCAAGUCCAAGUUCUGUGCACAGAUCCUGGUUUUGUGGAACUGCGACAAACCUUUACCUCAGAGGAACAAGUGGCCGUCCACCAGUGUCCCUCUGUCCCUCUGUCUGUGGUGCGAGGACACAACACGGUAA